AUGGUCAGACACCAUCUGGUUAAAGCAAACUGCAACAUUAUCAUGUUGCAAGAAACAAAAUGUGGAGCUACGGAAGGAGAAAAAUUUAUUAAAUACUGUAAGAAUUGGACAGGUUAUUUUCAUGUUGGGGAAGGAGAAUCUAGGGGUUUGGGAAUCAUGUGGAACCCAAACACCAUCAACCUAGCUAUUAUUAGUGAAGGGCAAUAUUGGAUUUCUGCAAAUGUCCAGAGCAAGCUUUCUCCCAUCUAUUUUCUAUUAUGGAAUAUUUAUGGCCCCAUACAAUCACCAGAGAAAAGAAAGUUAUGGGAUAUAUUAGGAGAACAUAUUAAACCAAAUAUGACAAACAACUAUAUUAUCAGAGGGGACUUUAAUUCUAUUGUGGAUCUAUUAGAGAAGAAAGGAGGCAUAAAUAAAAUCAACAAGGAUAUGAUAGGUUUUAGGGACUUUAUUCAAGUCAUCGAGGCUGUGGACUGUAUUCCAUCUGAGGGAUGGUUCACGUGGACGAAUAGGAGAUUGGGCUUCACUAACAUAGCUGAAAGGUUGGACAGGUUUCUGACAGGUACAAAAUGGUUCAUGGAAGGCACACCAAUCAUUGUGAAGACAUUCUCUUUCCAUGUGUCAGACCAUUACCCCAUCAUGCUAGAGAUUGGUUUGGAUACCCACUGGGGAGGAAGUUAUUUUAAGUUCUAG